UCCCAACUCUCCUCUAUAUAUACCCGACCACCAAGCACCACUUCUUCACACAGCCUUCCCUAUCUCCAUAAUUCUCUGUCUAACUUAACUCAUCACUCUUUCGCAGAAAACAAUGGCUCUCAUCAACAGCAAGUUGGUUCUUUUGUUGGUAAUUUCAGCUCUUAUGGUCAGUAGCUCAACAUUUGUGGCUGCAAGGGAAGUGCCAGCAGUGAUUCGUUACCCAGGUCAUAACUUAGCAGCUCGGAUCAAUGCGGAUGACGGUGCCAGCAUGGUUGAGUGCUGGAAUGCACUAUAUGAGCUACGAUCUUGCACUAACGAGAUUAUACUUUUCUUCAUGGAUGGAGAGAUGUAUCUUGGUCUUGAAUGUUGCAGAGCUAUCCGUAUCAUAACUCGUGAAUGCUGGCCUUCUAUGCUUACAUCUGUAGGUUUUACUGCUCAAGAGGGCGACAUUUUACGUGGUUAUUGUGAUGCUCCACACUCGGCUGCACCUCGUUCUUCACCUGUUACUAUGCUUCCACCGGUACAGGCUCCUGCUCAGUCACCUAUCUCGGAACCAAGUACUGCCCCAAUAGUGGUUGGAUAGAUAAUUUUCAUUGGGACGACUAGAACUUAAUCCUGCUCUUCAUUCCAAGUCCUCUAUUGGGUUUUAUUUAUGCUUGUUAGGAUAUCUAUUUCAGGUCAUGAGUAAUGUUGUUUGCUUGUUUGAGUUUGUAGUUUUUUUUUUUUUAUUUUUUAUCAUGAAUAAGAAUAUGGCAGGGUUUGGAAAGGUUCAUGUUCUUGAGUUUCUUGUUCGUCAUAAUCACUGGCUUAGUUCUCAUAUUUGAGCAAGUACGAGAGAUCUCUUUUCUGUCCUUCCCACAUCCCCACUCCUUACAUUAAACACUAAUCAGAAGCAAUAGCAGUCUGGUUGUCGUCUUUUGACUCUAGUUUGGCUUUUCAGAAUUUUGAUACAUGAUCUGAUGAUUCUGAUCGAUUAGGACCACGCGAAACUGGAGGCCGAGCUUACAACGAUCCUCCAAGUAAUAAGCAUUAUUCAUAAGGUGAGACUGUGUUUGAAGGUCUUUUUCUUUUCCUGAGCAUCUAAGUUUUUCUUGUCAUGUCUAGUUAUGCUCUUUUAUCCCUUUUAUUGCCCCUUUCACUUGUAGUCAAUUUGCAAUGUCUUUUUCCCUCCAAAUGUCAAGUUUCUGACCUUUCACUCUGUCUGGCCUGGAUAUACUAUAAAAAAAGGAAACAAAACUAAGAAUCUUUUAUAUUUUGCUGGAAAUAAGAGUAAGAAAAUUCUCUGCAUCCUCAACCCAACUCCACCAAAUCCGAAGAAAUUUGUAUUAACAUGGAAAUUUCCGUAUUUCUACAACAUCUGGAGCAACUGCUGACUAACGGCAGGCUCACAACUGAGU